AUGAUUUGCAUCAAAUGUGGGCGAUACAACUCUAGUCUGUACACUGUGUACAACAAGACGAACAUAAAGCUGAACGAAUGCAACCGGUGCAGUAACAUAUGUGAUGAAUACAUGGAGAAAAAUACCUUCCUAAUAUUUAUUAAUAUUUUAUUCCUCAAGCCGGAAGUUUAUAGACACAUCAUAUUUAAUCGACUCAAGUAUCAUGACAAAUUUAUUCACGUUUUUUUUCUCAAAAUGAUCAUUUUGUUUUUAAUAAUAAAUGCAUACUUACACCCUAACUUUGAAAGUGAUCCUAGGGAAGGAGGCACCUUCUCCGAUUUUUUUCUAACCAACACCACCUUCGGGGAAAGCAUCCAAAGGAAUUAUCCCACUGAGUAUAAUUGCUCCUCCUACACUCUUUUUAUGUACAAAUAUGACGAUAAACACAAGCUCUAUGGGCUAUAUAACAUUUUUAACCAAUCGAACGUUCCUAAUUUGGUCAAUAUACACAAGAACAAGUUUCUGACUUGCAUUUUUCACAACCGAUUUAGGGACCACAAUGUUUGCAUCCUCAACCGAAAGUACGAACAGACGGAGGACUACGACAAGCGGCUGAUUGAUUUGUUUCUGCACAACAAGGAGAGCUAUGGGAGGAAGGACAUGCAGCCGAGCACUUGGAAGGCGCAGCUUAGGGAGGGGGAUACACUACAGGAUGGUGGGGAUACACUACUGCAUGAGGCGCCUACCCUCCUGGGUGGGAAGUCCACUUCGGAGAGCCUUAACUGGAUAAAUCUGCACCCAUUUGUGGAAUCCAAAAGAAAGCUACUGCAGCUGAUACAGCGGAGCGUAAAGUACGAAUCCAUUUUCAAACUAAAAAAAAACCAUCAACUGUUGAGGAACGACAUUAUUACGCUGAAAAACUCGGAAGAACGCAACAGCCUAUUCCAAAUUAUAAACGUCCUCGUGUAUUACCACAUCGAUGAGUACAAACUAGUACUGGAGACGAGGGAGAAGGAAGCGUACAACAUUCAUUACUUUGUCAAUUUUCUGCGCAGCAUAUUUUUUUACCAAAAGGGACAUGAAACAAAGAAUUACUUCAAAAGUGAGACAAACUCAUUUGUAAGGAAACCGUCCAAAGGCGAUGUUUGUCCAGACCCGAGAAAAGAAUUUCUCCAUCCCAACAAAUGCUACGAUUGUAACCUUCAUGAUGAUCCUACUUACGGUAAUUUACACUGCUCGGGGGAUGAACUUAACAGCUUGUGCAGAAAUAUUUUCAAAAAUAUCGAUUUUACUUUUCACAAAAAUGUGGACGAAAUAACAAAGAAGCAAAAUCAAAAGAAACACAAAUUUAAAAUUAAACAAAUCAGCAUGUACUCCAAACUUUUAUUUUCCGAUUUGGACAAUGAAAAAUAUAUUUUGAAAAUAUGUAACUCUUCUUUUUCGUUUAAGAAAUUAAAAUCGAUGACCAUAAAUUAUAUCGUCUACUUCCUCCUUUUGUGCAUUUUUACAUAUAUUCUCAAGCUAUAUCAGGAGAAGAAAUACCAAAUUAAGAUAACUAUGGUGAAGUAUAACUACCUCUUUAUGCUCUUUGUGCUGAGCAACUACCCCCUAGUCAUUUACUUCAUUCUUAAGGUUUUCAAUUAUAAUUACAUCAAUAUAUACCUAAAUGUAUAUACCAUUAUAUGCAACACAAUUGCUUAUCAUAUAUUUAUUUCCAAUGACGGGAAAUAUAUUUGUUACUCCAUAUUUUCUGUACUCACCAGUUACCUGCUCAAGAAUUUUCUUAUGAUUCAGAUAGCGGAUUACAUUUAG